AUGUCUACCUCUUUUCCCACUCUCGCCCCUGCCGCAAACCCCGCGCCGACCGCCAACCUCGCCAACGCCGAUCACACUGUUGCUCCCCCUUCGCCGGCAUCCGCUGACACCAUUCGCCCUGCCUCAGCCCAUGCAUCGACCGCAGCGUCCGGCAUCACCGGCACCUCCUCUUCGCGCACUCCUCCCACCGAUUGGACGACGUCUGACGAUUCAUCAACUUCAUGCCUCACCAACAUCCCCACCUUCAGCGAUGAGGACUCGAUUCAUAGCUGUCCUGACUGCGAUCGUUCAUUCAGCUCACACAUAUGCCUGGUCAGUCAUUUGCGAAUCCACCGCACAGAGGCCGGCGAACCAGUGCCUGGAGCACCAACCUUCAUUUGCCGCUUCCGCUGUAACUGUCCUUACUGCCCCCGCGCACGUUCACUCACCGCAUAGGCCUGUCAGGACGCAUUAACGAGACCUGUAGUAGGCAACCGCCGGGUACACCACGCAAUCACACAUUCCCCCCACCAGCACCCGCACCUACCAACACCAUCAACUAUCACAUGCAUUCAAUUGCCACCUCGCACGCAAGUGGGAAGUGUGCAUCUCGGCUGCCUCUCCAUGCCGCUGCACGUGUGAUCCGGGUCUGAGACUAUCACGGUGUGCCAAGCGCCGUGGCGUGGAAGACUGUCGACUGACGCCCCGACUCAGUCCACGCAGUCUGCCCAGUUGUGUGUGUUGGUGUGGAGAAGCGGACUGGUGGGCUGAGAGCCUGGCUAUCACGGGUCUGUCUCAACUGAUCUGUGACCCUCACGCAUGCGAGGAGUGUGUGUGUGUGUAUGUGUCCCAAAUGGGUCACCAGUUAGAUGUGCUGGACCAACACGAAGGCCACAUCGGAUUCUGGCAGGCGCUAUCUGUGUGCAAUAACAAAUGCCAACAUCUAGGGGGUGCGCUGCCAGACCCUGUUGUCGGCAGUCGCCGCACAAAUUGGGCCCACUGCCACGCCCUCUAUUGCUUUUUUGGAUCAAAAUUCUGCUAAUCUGUUGUAUGGACCAGGGGGUGCGGAGUGCAGCGCCAAGGUGGGGAUCCGUCCAAGCCAUCCACCUGAGGCCUCCCUCGUCUCCGGUCUUCUUGACUCUGUCUUGACACCGGACUCAGGCGGAGGAGGAGGAGGAGGAGGAGGAGGAGGAGGAGGAGGAGGAGAGAGUGUGGUACAUGCAGUGCACGUCUUCUGGCACUAUAAACCCGCGCGCACGCAAAGUGUGCGUGUGUGUGUGCUUUAUAAGUAGUGCCUCUUAGCCGACGGCUAUUUGGUUACUCGGACUUGAAAGAUGACGACCCAGGCUAAGUGCAGGACUGCGUGUCACCCUUCCAAGCCUAAAGGUUUGCAUGCGUCUGCUAUGUCAGGAUCAGCAAACCAUGGACCUCGCAGCCUGCUAUGCGCUGGUAAUUCUCCGACACCUGAUUCCAUACUGGCAGAUGCGCCUGCGCUCCCGCUGGGUAUGCAGGUGGUGGGCAUGACUGCCCAAUCAUCCCUGUCCUUCUGACCCUUGUUAGGGUGUUGUUGUUGCUGCUGUUGGUCAAAAAUCUACUCAUUUGCUGUGUGGGCCAGGAAGCGUGGAUUGGAACGCCAAUGUGAGGGCUCGGCCGCGCCAUCCACCUGCACAGUCCUCCUCCUCCUCCUUCUGGCCCGUCGUGAUGUUGUUGUUGUUGUUGGUUAA